AUGAAAUCUUCAUCCCUCACUGCUAAAUGCUUCCUCGAACCCGUCAAUCUACACAACACAGAUCAAUUCGCUGAGCUGCAAAAACAACGUACAAUCUGCGGCUGGUUCUCGGAUUCACAGACCAUCCAGAAAUGGAAACAAAAACAACAAGAAAACCUUAAAGCCCUCUUCUGGAUCACCAUCCCCGAUCCCAGCACUAGUGAUAACAAAGGCAGUCUCAUUCGCGCGGGCCACAUCGCCCUCGACGCAUACUGCGACCCACCGGACCCCGACCUCGCGCGCGCAGACAAGUCCGUGCUGACCAUCAGCUCGUUCUUCAUUCUGCCUGAAUACCGCUCCUACGGGCUGGGACGGCAUGCGAUGCGCUUGAUCGAGGAAAUAGCAGUCGUGGAGCCGUAUGGUAGCCCGCGCUGCCGGUUCGUUACGCUCAAUGCGCAGAGUAAACGGUAUCUGUAUGAUGAGGGGCCCGAGGGGCGGGGUCUCUGGGCGAGACUGGGCACGGAGCCGCCGACGUUCAGUAUUCAGGAGUGGUAUGAGAGCCUUGGGUAUGUGAGCUGGAAGGAGGAGCCGCUUUAUGAGGAGAGGACGCUAGAUGGGGAGGUGGUUAAGCUGUGGGAGGCGUUUAUGAGGAAGGAGGUGCAGUCGGAGACUUCUGUUGAUCAAUAG